UGUAGGUUCUAACGGCAACUGUCGUUGCAGGUUCAUGUUCAUCAGUCAAAUUAUCACCAUUUUGCUCUGAAAUGUCGGAACUUUUAGUGUCGAGACCGCAUUACGACAUCAGAGCCGUGACGCAAAAUGAACACCUGCUCCAGACUGCUCAAACUGACCCAGAAACCACAUUGAAAGAUAAAUUUUUGUCAUCGGCUGGACUGGCUUCUGCAGGAUACAGAUCUGCGAAAUAUACUCCGGCAGAAUGGUUUGCCAACAACAGUGCUACCUUGAACCAGGCUGUAACCCAUUUGAACAAUUCGGAAAAAGUUCGCCACGAAUCCAAAAUGCUUUACACAGAGGCAGAGGUGAAAACUUUGCGUACACAGGCAGAGGGCACAACGCACUUGGGUGACAGGUUACAAGAUAUUCACUUUUGGAAGGCUGAGCUUGAGCGGCACAUCGAACAACUUGAGGCGGAGACGGUCUUGCUUUUGGCUGAGAAGGGCCGUUUGGAGAAGGCUUUGGACGCGACAGAGAUUCCUUUUGCCAUCGCUACAGAUAAUCUGACAUGCCGGGAGAGACGACUUGGGCCCGACCUUGUUAAAGACCUUGUGGAGGAGGAGCUUAUAAGAGAGGUGGAGUUAAUCCGAAGCAUUCAGGCACUGCACAAAAGAACACUUGACCAGACUGUUAAUCAAAUAAAGUCUAAUAGGGAGUCUAAGCAAACUUUGGAGAUGGACUGGUCUGAUAAAUAUCAAGCCUACAGUUUAGACAACCAGUGUGGCCGCUACAACAACAUGAGCAUUGAGACACAACAUCAGUCAGGCUCUGCAAAGAUCCAGGAUCACGUGAGCAACUGUGAGCAGUGGAUGCACUUCACACGCGCCAACGUGGCCGCGGCAGAGCGCGAGACGCGGGCCAGCGCCGAGCUCAGGCAGCUGAUUGGCCACGUGCUGCAGGACACGUCCGAGGACCUGAGGGCCCAGUGCGCCCGAGUGGACGAGGCCUUCAACCAGCGCUGCCAGGAGCUGACCGAGGCCAAGGUGCAGCUGGAGAUCCACCUGUCGCAGAUCCUGCAGCAGACGGGGACACAGGAGAGGAACAUGGUGUCGCUGCAGCAGGCUCUCCAUGAUAAGGAGGCCCCAAUGAGAGUGGCCCAGUCCAGGCUGCAUCAGCGCACACACAGACCCAACAUGGAGCUAUGCAGAGAUGCACCGCAGCUCAGUCUGGUGGAGGAGGUCGGGCAGAUCACCCACACCAUGUGGGCGCUGGCGCAGCAGCUGGGCGGUGCGCGGGCAUCGCUGGCGGCGCUGGAGGAGACGCGCAUGGCCCUGGAGAAGGCCCUGGCCUGCAACACACACAGCCUGCUCAUCGACCGCCAGCAGUGCAUGAGCCACCGCAUGCGCUACCCCGACCUCGUCACCCUGGCAGGAUACUGAGAGGCUCACGCACACACACACACACACACACACACACACACACAUAUACUCUCUCUGAAAAAUGAGAGCAAAGUAAAAAAGUAAAAAGCAAAGUAAAAAAAAAGCAUAGUAUACAUUUCAGCAGGCCCCUCCAGUGGAAUGUGUGUGUGUGUGUGUGUGUGUGUGUGUGUGUGUGUGUGUGCGCGCGCGUGUGUGUGCGCCCGUGUGUGUGUGUGUUUGUGUGUCAAACAGGGUGACUAUUUUCUCAUUAUGCAUCCUUGAUUUGAUUUGCAUCUAAACAUGCGGAUUGAAUUGCGUGAUUAAAGAAAAAAAAAGAACUGUUUGUCAGUGCAGUCCCAGUGUGAGUCAGUUGCCCUGCAGCAGCGCUGGGUGGCAAUAUUAGCAUCAGAAAGAGACUAGCAGAAGCAGCUCCAGCACUAACCAGCUCAGGUUCACUGGCUGCAUGCACACAACAGUACUCGUCUACUGUGCUCCUCCGCAAACCUCCCCAGCCCUCAUUAGAGCCCUGCCUGAUGUGUGUGUGUCUGUGUCUGUGUCUGUGUCUGUGUCUGUG